GCGACAACCGGGAGUACACCACAGCAGCCAUGGCACCAGCCCCGCGUUCCUACUCCAAGACCUACAAGGUCCCUCGUCGACCAUAUGAAUCGGCUCGUCUUGACUCCGAAUUGAAGACUGUCGGCGAGUACGGUCUCCGUAACAAGCGUGAGGUCUGGCGUGUCCAGCUCACCCUUUCCAAGAUUCGUCGUGCUGCUCGUGAGCUCCUUACUCUCGAUGAGAAGGACCCUAAGCGUCUCUUCGAAGGAAAUGCCCUCAUUCGUCGUCUCGUCCGUGUCGGUGUGCUCGAUGAGUCCCGCAUGAAGCUCGAUUACGUCUUGGCCUUGAAGAUUGAGGAUUUCUUGGAGCGUCGUCUCCAGACCUGUGUCUACAAGCUCGGUCUCGCCAAGUCUAUCCACCACGCCCGUGUCCUGAUCCGCCAGCGUCACAUCCGUGUCGGAAAGCAGAUCGUCAACGUCCCCUCCUACAUGGUCCGUCUCGAUUCCCAGAAGCACAUCGACUUCGCUCUCACCUCUCCCCUCGGUGGCGGUCGCCCUGGUCGUGUCCGACGCAAGAAGGCCCGUGCCGCCGAGGGUGGUGACGGCGAGGAAGAGGAGGAGGAAGAGUAAAGGAUUAGCAAAUAACAAUAAAAAGUCUUUUUAUGGGAUCUCUGAGUGUUUUCUAUUGCAUCAAGGGAUAGCAUGCUGUAUGAUCACGAUUCAAUAUGAACUUGCUACGAACGUAGCUCCACUUUCAGAGAUUCAAUAUGUGAUUUGUAGAUCAUAGUACUUCACAAAGUUCUUCUCCAUAUCCUCAGAAACUCCUUGCGCCUGUCAUGAGUCAUAAUAAUACAAUAUCCACCAAAGAGAAUGAAUCAAUUCUCAACAUCAAUCAACUUUUUCAAUGUAGCCUCCGCAACCCGAUACCAUCGUCCCAUUUCUUCCAGUCCGUCACUCUCUCCUUCGAGUUUUUUCCUCUCCGCUUCCCGCGCCUGGCCUAUCGCUUCAGACUUUCGGCGCUCCAAGACGCUAAGCUCUCUCUCCAUAGCCUCUGCCUCGCGCGUUUUUCGGGGUAAGGUAUUCUGUAAAGAGGCCAUUUGUCUAUCUAUAGCAGCCAAUUCUGCUUCACGCUCGGCUAGUAGCUUUAACGUCGCCGGUAGCGACAGGUUCUGCGAUGAGGAAGCGGAAGAGUUUCCUGUAUCCGAGGCUGCUGCAUACGCUGCUUGAGACUGUUUUAAAGAAGCAAUUGUCUGCUCCAAUUGGGCGAUUUCUGCAGGUAGUUCUGAUAAUUUGGUCGUUUCGAUUUGCGCGUUUUUAUAUC